AUGCAUCCCCGACAACCCAGUGGUCCUGGCUCUACAGACGCCAUGGAGAUCUACGACCAUCUCCACACUCCAAAGCAUGAGAUCGACGUGGCAGACGCCUUUGCUGCUGCCAUGCCCUCCGCCAUCGAUCCAAAUCAACCAUCACUCAGAAGCGUUCCUGAAGACGCCCAACUCGACACCCAGCAGCUUUCCUCUCUCAAUGCUUCUCCCCUUGCCAGCUCCUUGCAGCCUUCAUCCCAAGUUGCGCAACAAGAGAGUCCAACUUCACGGCGUUCCGACAAGCUCGCUACAUCUUCUUACGGUCUUGUCCAGCCAGGCGGGCGUCCUGACCUUGCAUCUCGCCGCUCGUCGGAUGUCCUCAAGUCGCUUCCAGGUCUACCUCUCGCCCUAACCAACGCAGAGCAGACCUUCCUUCCAGCAACUCUCAACGGCGGCACCUCUUCCGCUAUCCCCCACCCCUCUGCAGCCAUCGGUAGCCUAGUGGACCAUCGUGCACCACCAGCAGACACUCUGCCACCACAGCAUAUUCCACGUCCCCUGCCAGGCUCAGCUACACCCUCCGCCUCUGCGUCGCCCUCCGCCAUGCAAACACCGCCCAAGAAGACACCCUACGAUGCUAUUGCUGCUGGCGUUCAAACCCUGGCCAUGCCCAACUCCAUCUCCGUUGGCCCUCUCUCCCCACCAGAGUCGGAUCCACACCGCUCCAUGAUGGACAGCAAUCGCAAAAGUAUCGACGACAUACGCCGCAACCACGCAGCCAGAGCUGCUCAGCGUCAGUCCAACAACUCUUCCCCCAUCGAAACACGUCCCGGCAACGGCCUUGUCCCUGACUCUGCUUACACGCCUACACGUGCACAUGCACAAUACCAGAGUGAAUUCGCAUCCUCUCCCGAUCCAACGCAGCGACAGCGCAGAGCCAUGGCAUCCGAGCCUCCUCGUCCCGCUAGCGUAUUGGAUACUCGUGCUGCGCAGAUGCAAGCUGUCCAGCGUCGUCAGCACGACUCCCGCCUCGGUCAAGGUAGCAGCGACACAUUUGAUGCCACCGACACCUUGGGCUCGUCUCGCGAUACUCAGCUCGAUCGCGCCUCGCAGCAACAUCUACAACUUCGAGCUGCGCGAGAGCAAGAGCUUGAGCGAGAGCGCCUGCAGCAUCAGCAGCUUCAAGAGCAGCAACGUGAAAAGGAGCAGCAGCGUCAGCGUGAAAAACUCAAGGAGAGGGAACGCGAAAAGGAACGGGAGCGCGAAAGGGAAAAGGAGCGGGGCGAACGUGACCGUGACCGCGACCGCGAACGCCGAAGUCGUCGACUUCUCGGAGAUUAUGCGCUCGGUAAGACGCUGGGCGCUGGAAGUAUGGGCAAGGUCAAACUUGGCGUCAAGAUGGGCAACGGCGAAAAGGUCGCCAUCAAAAUCAUUCCCCGUCACACUUCCAUGGCUGCUGCUCAAUCCCCGCGAGCUGCUGUUGACGAGAACGGCAAGCCUCAGCCACCACCACCGCCCCCCACCGCGUCGUUCCUCGCCAAAGCGGCCGCCAAGGACCAGUCCAAAGAGAUUCGUACCAUUCGAGAAGGUUCGCUUCAGAUCUUGCUCCAUCACCCCUACGUUUGCGGCAUGCGCGAAAUGAUCAUCCACACCAACCACUACUACAUGGUCUUUGAGUAUGUCAAUGGUGGUCAGAUGCUCGACUACAUCAUCAGCCACGGCCGACUCCGGGAACGAAGCGCACGCAAAUUCGCACGCCAGAUCGGCAGUGCGCUCGAGUAUUGUCAUCGCAACAGCAUCGUCCACCGCGAUCUCAAGAUUGAAAACAUUCUCAUCUCCAAGACGGGAAACAUCAAAAUUAUCGAUUUCGGUUUGAGCAACCUCUUUUCGCCUCACUCGCACCUCUCCACCUUCUGCGGCUCGCUCUACUUUGCUGCGCCCGAGCUUCUCAACGCAAAGGUGUACACCGGCCCAGAAGUGGACGUCUGGUCCUUUGGUAUCGUCCUCUAUGUUCUUGUCUGCGGCAAAGUGCCCUUUGACGAUCAGAGCAUGCCUGCUCUCCACGCCAAGAUUAAGCGCGGUCAGGUCGAAUACCCUGCCUGGCUCAGCGGCGAGUGCAAGCAUCUUCUGUCGCGCAUGCUGGUCACCAACCCUGCCAAUCGAGCCACCCUCGCUGAAGUACUUGCACAUCCUUGGAUGGUCAAGGGCUACGAAGGCGUUCCAGAUCCGCACUUGCCAGACCGCACGCCGCUCCGUCCGCACAACAUUGAUCAGGAAGUCAUCAAGGGGAUGACCGGCUUCGAGUUCGGCUCUCCCGAGGCCAUUACAGCCAAGCUCAUCGAGGUGCUCAACAGCGAAGCGUACCAGACCUCAUUGUACCACUGGGAGCUCAAGAACCUGCCCGCCAGCCUCACCGGUCUCAGCACGGUCAGCAACAGUGGUUCGUCAAUCGACUCGCCCGGCCUCAACAGGCCAUCAACUCGCGGCAGCUUCACUGCAACCAGCGGCUCCGAUACAGUCAAGUCCAAGGCAGGCUCGAGACGCUUCUCAGGUAUUGAUUUCUACAAGAAAAAGCUCACCACCAACCCGCUAGCAGCAGCUUUCGGCAGCAAGGACGACUCAGCUGUCGGUUCAGCGAACGGCAGCUCCAAUGGACUCGGCUCAGGUACGGGUCUUUUGCCGUUUGGCAAAGAGCCAUUGGAUCCGACGCGUGGUUUCCAUCCUCUCAUCUCGAUCUACUUCCUUGUCAAGGAAAAGAUGGAACGUGAGCGCCUCUACGGUCACUCCUUCUUUGCCUCGUCCAACCUCUCGCUCAAUGGCCCUCCUGUUCCCUCCACAGGAGCUGUCGCCGGCGCAGGUACAGGUGCAAGAGCCGCUGCUGCCGGAGCCAUGCCCACAGCUGCCGACAUUCCGCAAGAGGCACUCCGCGUGCCUGAGGUGCCGCAUGUUUCUCACCGCGCCUACGAUCCUUCUCGUCAGCAGGAAGCAGCGCUGGCUUCUCCUGCACCUCCUCGCCCGGCCGCUGCGAUGAUACCCGUGCCUGCAUCGCCGACGCCCGUGUUUGAGUCUCGUGAGAAGUCGAGGCCCUCCGGACUUAUGGCUGGGCCACCUCGUGCUCGUGCCAAUGCAGACGAGAUGGAAGCAGCCUUGCGCGAAAAGUGCCUUCCGUCGCCCAAGGACGCUGGUUUUGCACCCGGGAUUGGUGGUAUGGCACCGGUCCCAGCGGCCAGUACCCCGGGUAUGCGACAGUCAUUCUCCGUCGUCCCGCCUGGUCCCGAGGUGGCUAUCGGUCACAAUCACCGUCAUUCGAUGAUGGCACCGGAUAUUUCCAUGGCCAUCACCAACAACCACAAGAGAAGCGUCAGUUUGACAGCGCGUCGGCCCCCUGGUGCCGCCGCAGCCGGUCGUACACCGGUCGGUGCAAUGGUCGAGCCUAGCACGCCCGACGCAUUCAGCAUGGAUACCCGAAGAAUGUCGACCAUGUCUCCUGCUCGCUUGCCUGCACGAGCUUCAUACAUCGCCACACCUUCGAAGUCUGAGGCUGGCAGUGCAGAGCCGUCCUCAUCGCCAGCUGCUACCGCCCACAACACCAGCUCAACACUGGGUUACGGAGCAACUUUGGCGCGUCGCUUCAGCUCGUUCAUGGGCCGAUCGCCAUCGCAGCCUUUAGAUACUGAGGCCAGGGAGCGAAAGAAGCAAAGCAGGAUGAGCAUGCCUCUGGGGGGCUUGCCGCAGCAGCAGCAGCAGCAGCAUCAGCAGCGGAGAGGCAGUGCGCACAUGCCGCUGAGCGAGGUGGACGAAGCUGACACUGGUACCGACGUGGAUGCGUACGACUACGACGAAGUGGAGGAGCACCUUGUCACUCACGACGAGGAUAUGCCACUGGGCAGCGGAACCACGGUGCGUCGUUCUGGCACUAUGGGCGACAUGCCCGCCUCGCAUGCCAAUACGCGCGUCAGUGAAGCGUCGAUGGGCGCUCUUUCAGUGGGUCGUGCGGCUGGCCUGUCCAUGUCUCCCAAGUCGACAGCUGCAGCCAAAUCCGGGAGACGGCCCAGCACUGGCAUAUCGCCAUCGACCAGCAUGCCGCUCAACGUGCUUGACGCGGGUGGUGCUGCUAGACAGAAAGAAGACGCUUUGCAGCAGGUGAGCCCAAGCAAUGCAAGAACGGGAUGGAUGGGGCCUUCGACGCCCGGACAGGCCGAAGUGCUUCCUGCUCUCGUAACACGCCGCCGGUUCGGAGGUGGUUCGAAUGCUACCGGAGGGCAGCAGAACGGCUCUUCGGCAUCCGAGGGUGGUUCCAAGCCCAUUUUUCUCAAGGGCCUGUUCAGUGUUCAGACGACUUCGACCAAACCUCGUACGGUGAUUCAUGCGUCUCUGGUCAAGGUGUUGGACCGCAUCGGCAUUCAGUACCGCGAGCUUCGUGGUGGAUACGAGUGCGUGCAUCUUCCCAGCCUCGACUUUUCAGGGUCCGACUCUCUGGGCAGAGGUAAUGCGCGAAUUCCGCUCGAGACGAUGGCUGCAGCUGCAGCUGCAGAUGCCGAAGCAUCGGAACGCUCGCCCACCUCAGAAGAGAACAACCGUCAACCCAAACGCAAACCAAGCCGACUCUCGUUCGUAUCAGGCAGAAGCAAGGACAAGGAUCGUGCCAACCGCAAAGAGGGCUCCGUGGCCGAGAGCAUCGGAGCUUUGACAGGGGCUGGUGGUACAGUGCGCAGUCGCACGCCGUCGUUGACGAGCAAUGCUGCUUUUGCCAACGCCGAUUCGACCACUUUACCUCCACUGCCGCCCAAGACACCGUCCAAACCGUCGCUAUUGAUUAGGUCUCCGAGGCAGCGAGCCGAUUCGAUGGGAGCUGCUUCGAUGCUUGGACCUUCGGGAUCGCGCGAUUCGAACUUGAUGCUCGAUACCACCGUCGCUGCUGGCUCAGGCGGUGAUGCAUGUGCGCUCUCACCUGCAAGUGCCGCCGGCACGGUGACUGCCAGGACGAUGAAUGCAGCUCAAGCGACCGAGCUAGCAGUACGCUUCGAGAUCUUUGUGGUCAAAGUCCCCUUGUUGCUUGGUGUCAACGGACUGCAAUUCAGAAGGGUCGGCGGUAACCCUUGGCAGUACCAGAUGCUGGCAAAGCGCAUCUUGCAGGAGCUCAAGUUGUAA